CCCCAGAAUGUGGCUCUCUCCGUCUCUCGCGGUCUCACCCAACAGAAAAGAGAAGGCCAUUUCUCUCUCGCCCUCAUACUGUAGCCGACUGAUACUGCAGUAGCAGCAGGGACGAGCGAAGAAAGAGCUCUCAAUGGCGGCGUCUGCGAGGAACGUACUACUCAAGCACCUGAGAGUGCAGGUUCAAGCCGUGCCUUCUAACCCUAGCUCCACCGCCCCUCUCUUCCUCUCCCCCUUUGCCGCUAUCCGACGCCGUCUCUUCUCCGAGGAGGUCAGGGGCACCUUCCUCGACAAAUCUGAGGUCACCGAUCGGGUCGUCUCCGUCGUCAAGAACUUCCAGAAGGUCGAUCCUUCCAAGGUUACACCAAAUGCUAAUUUCGAAAGUGACCUGGGGUUGGAUAGUUUAGAUUCUGUGGAGAUUGUGAUGGCUUUGGAAGAGGAGUUUGGGUUUGAGAUCCCUGAUAACGAAGCUGACAAGAUCAAGUCAAUUGGUCUGGCUGUGGACUUUAUUUCUUCUCACCCUCAGGCAAAGUAGGGGAAAGGCAUGACGCUCCAUUUUUAAUUUUCUCCUGUUCCCUGCAAGGGUUUAGCUGUUAGAACUUUUGGAUUUUUAUAAAGGUGCCAUUUUGGGAUUCCUGCUCCUCCUAUGAAUGCUGUUUAAAGAGAGUAGUAUUUUUGGUAUGUUCAAAACUUGAGUGUUGCGGUUCCAGUUUUAUGGAAAGUGUGUUGAAAACAACUCUUUGAUUGUUUCAUUGAUGUUUUGUUGAAAUAAAAGCAAUCGAGUUUAUUGCUUAUUAAACAUU